GCUACUACCAGCAGGAGAGCAGGGCUGCCUGAAGCCAGCGGCAGAGCCAGCUCCACAUCUGUGGCCGGUGAAACCUCCAGGCAACUACCAGCCAUUAUCCACCAGGCUCUCCAGGAUAGGUGCUCCGGGAGAAAGUCAGGCCUCACCUGGUCCUCAUGUCAGACAAACCCAGCCCUGGGCCCGGCCCCACUUCGGCACCUGACAAUGAUUUUGGAGAGAUCCAUAACUGGACAGAACUGCUCCACCUUUUCAACCACACCUUUUCUGAUUGCCACAUGGAACUCAACGAGAAUGCCAAGCAAGUCGUCCUCUUCGUCCUCUACCUGGCCAUCUUUGUGGUGGGGUUAGUGGAGAACAUUCUGGUGAUCUGCGUCAACUGGCGCCGCUCGGGCCGGGCGGGGCUGCUGAACUUGUACAUCCUCAACAUUGCCAUCGCAGACCUGGGCAUCAUCCUAUCUCUGCCCGUCUGGAUGCUGGAGGUCAUGCUGGACUACACCUGGCUCUGGGGCAGCUUCUCCUGCCGCUUCACCCAUUACUUCUACCUUGCCAACAUGUACAGCAGCAUAUUUUUCCUCACGUGCCUCAGCAUUGACCGCUAUGUCAGUCUUACCAGUAUCUCUGCCUCCUGGCAGCGCCACCAGCACCGAAUACGGAGGGCCGUGUGCGCAGGCGUCUGGGUCCUCUCGGCCAUCAUCCCACUGCCUGAGGUGGUGCAUAUUCAGCUGAUGGAUGGCUCUGAGCCCAUGUGCCUCUUCCUAGCACCUUUCGAGACGUACAGCACAUGGGCCCUGGCAGUGGCCUUGUCUGCUACCACCCUGGGCUUCCUACUGCCCUUCCCUCUCAUCGCGGUUUUCAACAUCCUAACAGCCUACCGCCUUCGGAAGCAGGGGCGGCCGGAGAGCAGGCGCCAGUGCCUGCUGAUGUGGGCUUACAUAGCCGUCUUUGUCAUCUGCUGGCUGCCCUACCAUGUGUCCAUGCUGCUGCUCACCCUGCAUGCCACCCACAUCUUCCUCCACUGCCACCUGGUUAACCUGCUCUACUUCUUCUACGAAAUCAUCGACUGCUUCUCCAUGCUGCACUGUGUCCUCAACCCCAUCCUGUACAACUUUCUCAGCCCGAGCUUCCGGGGCCGGCUGCUGAGCAUUGUGGUCCGCUACCUUCCCAAGGAGCAGGCCAGGGCAUCAUCCUCCACCCAGCACUCCAUCGUCAUUACUAAGGAGGUGGCAGAUCUCCACCCCAACCCCAUCCGAAACUCUCAGGAAGCAUCUCCUCCGCCUCCGAACACCUCGGCUACACUCGGCAACUCCAUAGGCAGCUAAGGUGGAUUCCAAACUCUUCCACAUCUGGGGGAGGGGACAGGGGAGGAACUGGCUUGUUCAGGGUCAGUUUUAAAUAUAACAAAACGUUGCCGUGGGGAGCGGGGGAAAGGGUUGGGAAGGACAGGGUAUGGGUCCUCCCUUGGUGGUAAGCUAUUUGUUUGGGUCUUCUUGGCAAAGGGAGCCACACAGGUGGGGGGAAGGGUGAAAUAAAUAAAUUCGUAGCGACAGCUGUGCUGGGAUCUGAGCGCUGCGCAAGUUCAGCUGGGCUUCGGAAGGCACGGAAGUGAAGGAAUGUUCUGCCGAGGGAACUGGAUGCCCCUGUUUCAUAAAUCACCCUGGCCGGAAAGAGUCCGCGCUGCAGGAA